AUGCCCCCACCAAAGUCAUUGCUCCAACGCCGUUGGGGACUUUCAUCCAAAAUCGCAAAACGUGCAACAGCUACAGACGGAAAUAUUUCAUCCUCGGCCUCGACUUUCAGCCUCCCACGAGAUAGCAUCGAAAGAAACUCGGAUGCAACAGCAAGUCCGCCAAUGUCGCCCGGAAAUUCUCUCGCGCGCGAGUUGCCUGAUGCGCUCAUCAACUUUGUCCUCGGAGUCGCUCCAUGUUCGGAAACCCCGCGUAAGAGACAGAAGAAGAAAGGGGGUCAGGCAAGAACAAUUGGAGAACAGCGGAAUGUGUCGAGUCGCGAACCAGAGCUUCCGCAUAUCGAAGUGCGACAAACACUGUGGGAUAUAGCAUUGUCGGGCUCGAAGCUUUCCAAGCUGAACCUUCCCAACACGAUUGAGCGAAACCACGUUUAUCCAUAUAUCAAGGUGUUUGGUGGUCGGAAUGCCGAAUAUAUUGAGAUUCAGGAUGACUGGCGCCAAACCGUUUUCCACGCAAGCAUACCAGAAGACGAUGAUGAAAUGGAGCAUGUGCGAGUUGCUCUUCGGGUUGAUUAUGAUUCCAAGAAAUGGGCAAAGAAGGAGGGGAAAAUUUGGAUUGAUGUAGGAAUCUCUUUAAUCCAAAAAGAGAAAAUGGACAUUCUGAGAAUUUCAUUUACCAUUUACUGGCAUUGCACAUCAUCACCGCAGUCUAUUAUGGCUGCCAAAAACAAAAUCCCGGCCCUCGAGGAAAUACUACAAAAGUACUUCGCCACGGAAUCGGAUAUCGCGGAGGACUCGAGCGCAAAUUCCUGGAGCCCACAAGAUUUCUACCAGAGUGUGCAUGUGCCAGACAAGCAGGAUAAUGUUCCACAGUCUUUGAUUAUACCCGAGUUGGAAUCCGAUUUAUAUCCAUUUCAAAAGAGGUCUGUUCAAUGGAUGCUGGGAAGAGAAGGCAUGGAAUAUUCACCCAGCGACAAGAAGAUUGUUGAUUCCAGACGCCAAAUUACCUCCACGUUACCACUUUCUUUCGUUCCAGCAACAGAUUUCAAGGGAAAACCAUGUUUUGUAAGCCACUUACUCGGUUUGGUAACACUGGAUAUUACACCUUUCAGGGAACUAGAGCGAACCUUAAAAGGUGGGAUCUUGGCUGAGGAAAUGGGGUUGGGAAAGACACUGGAAAUGAUAUCUUUGAUUGCUUUGAACAAACGACCCAAGCCAUACCCAGAAGACAUAUUUGAUCAGUUCACCUGCGCUUACGUCCGGCCAACUUCUGCGACCCUUAUCAUUGCACCUCCAACAAUAGCUCACCAAUGGAUAGCCGAAAUAAAUAAGCACGCCCCGAGUUUGAAAGUUAUACAUUACCAAGGGAUCAAGACGUUGGGAAAUGGAGACAGAGAUCUUUUAGCUUCGUCGGACAUUGUUGUUUCUACUUACAAGGUUCUCGGGGAUGAAAUUUAUUACACGCCGCUAAAUCCCGAAAAAACGCUAAGAACGAAGUCCAAAUACUCCCGGCCGAAAUCUCCUCUCAUGGAGUUGCAGUUCUUCAGAGUCAUCAUGGAUGAAGCUCAAAUGAUUGAGAGAGUCGUAAGCAAUGCCGCCGUCGUAGCUCGAAUGGUCCCGAGAGUCAAUGCUUGGUGUGUUACCGGAACUCCCGUCAGGAAAGACGUGUCUGAUCUCUUGGGAUUGUUGGUAUUCUUACGUUAUGAACCCUUUGCUUCCAUCGACCACGUAUGGUCUUCUCUGAUUAACAGGCAUAAGGAACAAUUUCGAAAGCUGUUUGGACAACUGGCCUUGAGGCACAACAAAAUCACUGUUCGAGACGAACUCAAACUUCCAGCCCAGCGUCGUUAUGUUAUUACCAUGCCGUUUAAUCCCAUUGAGGAGCAGCAUUACCGGGAACUAUUCGAUCAAAUGUGUGAAGCCACGGGUCUUGAUACUCAAGGCGCGCCUCUCAGCCCGGACUGGGAUCAUAGAGAGGUCGCGGAUACCAUGAGAAAAUGGUUGGUUCGGCUACGACAAAUCGCAUUGCAUCCCGAAGUUGGUGGUCGUAAUAGGAGAGCGUUAGGCAACAAAGACGGACCAAUCCGCACUGUUGUUGAAGUCUUGGAGGCGAUGAUUGAGCAUGCAGAUAAUGUCAGCAGAACAGAGCAGCGAAAUCUAAUUUUGACGAAACUGAAGCGCGGCCAGCUCUUUGAAAACUCCCCCAGAGUCAGGGAAGCCCUUGCAAUUUGGACCGAGACAGCUGCCGAAGCAUCAGUUAUGGUCAAAGAAUUUCGUGCUCAGUUGCAGGAAGAAUUAGUCAGAAGUGGAGGUAACCAAAAACCAGCUAGACAGGAAGAUGAUUCUGAAGGUGAUGCCGAAGAGUAAGUCUUGAAGUCCUGUCUCCUGAUCGAUAGAAAAAGCGGCACUAAACCAUGCCUUCUUGUUCCUUCUCUCUGAACUACUUGAGGCCAUUCUAGAUUGGUAUAGUCACUUCAAUUGUCUUAGGAUGUUCAAGUGACCAUUGCGAUCAGUUGUCGCACGAUGAUCCCUUGAAGAAAGUGGAACAAUUAUGAAUCCUGAGGUUUACUGCUACACUAUCCGCCCACUACGAGUCUGUGCGAUUGACCUGUUGCUGAUCAUUUGUGCUCUGUCGCAGCGUAUCCUCACAUGUAGGAAAACUCAGAUCUCGAGUCCGCGGCGCUCUGGACUUACAACACAUGGCCGAAUUCUUUUGUGCAAACGCCUACUACCAGAUCAAAACCAACAAGGAGAUGACGAUGCCAGAGUCCGUAGAGUUUGAAGCGUUAGAAAAACUAGAGGCAGAAGGUUAUGAAUCGGCAAAGACCAUAAGACGAGAAAUUCUUCAAGAGGCAAGUGGUGUGCCGCUCUCAGUCGUAUACUUCUCAUAAUCUAGAAUAUGACUAACUCUUCUUCAAUAUUAGAUCUAUGGAAAAGCAGACAAACUCAUGAGAAAGAUUUCUGAGAAGGCCGAUUCUAGGCUCUUUGCAGAGAUUCCUGAAUUUCCUACGGACAGUCCAGGGGGUGAUACAGAAGGCGGUAGGAUCAUGGAAGAAUUUAUGAAGCUUGGAGAGUUUCUCGAUGCACAGGCUCAACAACUCGAUCAGUGGAGAAAAGAAACCAUAGAAUUUCUCCUCCGCCCACUCGUUGACGAAGAAGAUGGUCUUGAAAUCACAGGUGAUGAAUACGAAGAAUCAACAAAGACGCAAGAUGAAGUUAUUGUCUAUUGCACUGCUCUAAAGGCGGCUAUCUCAGACCGGCGUGACGCUCUCGCAGGUGGGGAGAACACCCUUGUUAGGCACGAAGUGGAGUGGGCAAUUAAAUUGGCGAAGAAAGGCGAGGGGCAUUUUCCAGAAAAGACUCUCGAGUUGCUCAAUAUUCGAAAACGCCUGAAGCCACCUAAAGACAUCGUACGACGGUGCGUUGCCGAGUUGCGAGCCCUGACCACUUCAUUGCGACCAGACGCUGAAAUUGGGAAUACACGCGCGCGAACCGAAUUCAGCAUGACUGAGAUCCAACUGAAACAUACGCAGAAGAUUUUGAGUCAGCAGAUGAAGGCUACGGCUGCGCUCGAGCAGGAGCUAGAGCUCUUCGUUAUUACCAUGAACACCCGCCUGGAGUACUAUAAACAACUGCAGCACAUUUCUGAUACCGUUACUCCGGAUGAGGUGCCCAAUAAUCUCGACGCAAGCCUUGCCAGAUUGUUACAUGUUGAACAAAAGUUGUGCAAUAAGAUCGCUCAAGCCAAAACGAAGCGUCGAUUUUUGGAGUAUCUUAAACAGCAAAAUGAAAAUCCACCAGAAGAGCAGAUGUGUGUGAUUUGUCGAGAAUCUUUUGAAAUUGGUUUUCUCACAGUUUGUGGUCAUCAAUACUGCAAGGAAUGCAUCACACUGUGGUUGAGUAGUGAGUUAUAAUUCAUCACAGCUUAAAAGGUAUUUGACUAACAUCUCAUCCAGCUCAUCGCAACUGCCCCGAGUGCCGCAAAACCCUUAGAAAAUAUGAUUUACAUGAAAUCACUUACAAGCCCCAAGAAUUAACAAUUCAAACUGAAGAAGUACAGGAUACUCAGCGACGACAAACUCCUUCAUCGAACUCGAGAAAGUCAGCCAUCUAUUCAGAAAUUAGCAAGAGUCAGAUGAUGGAGAUCAAGAGCAUUGAUCUCAACGGUCCCUCCUUUACAACAAAAAUCGAUACGCUUGCUCGUCAUCUCAUUUGGUUGCGAGACUCGGAUCCUGGCGCCAAAUCCAUUGUUUACUCGCAAUUCAAGGAAUUUCUUGAUGUUCUAGCUGGUGCAUUUCAACGUUUCCACAUUGGAUAUUCCUCAAUUGAUAGACCCAAUGGCAUCGAAAGAUUCAAGGAAGAUCCAGCUGUCGAGUGUUUUCUCCUUCACGCACGCGCCCAUUCCUCCGGCUUGAAUCUUGUGAAUGCAAGCCACGUCAUUCUGUGCGAGCCACUUCUCAACACGGCGCUUGAGCUUCAAGCUAUUGCUAGAGUCGAUCGUAUCGGGCAACGCCAAGAAACGAACGUCUGGCUCUACCUUGUCGACGGAACAGUCGAAGAAUCAAUCUACCAGUUGUCGGUCAAGAGACGUAUGGAACACCUGGCUGAUCUUCCUACCUCGCCUCAAAGCAAGGGUAAAGGAAAGGGAAAGAGAAAAGCUCAAGAAGUCAGCGAUGAAGAAGUCCUGGGUGUUGAUCUCGAGGAGGCAAACUCAAUGGAGCUACAACAAGUUACCUUGAACCGACUCUUCGACAAAGGUGGAAAAGGGGGAGAGCGCGUGGAUGAUGAGGAUUUGUGGCAGUGUCUUUUUGGGAACGCAUCGCAGAGAGCUGGAGGACAGUCGGGGUUGGAGGACUCUCUUGGUGGAGAGAUGGGUAGAAAUCUUCGAGCUGAGGCGGCGGAAUUGAGAGAGAUUGAGGAGCUUUGA